AUGAGUAUAAAGUCGGAAAGAUGGUCGAGUGCUUCUUCGGACAGCGACUUGUCUUUCGUGUUGUUUGGAGGUAGCGAUCGUUACUAUACGUUUGUGAAUUUGCUUUCAAGUGGCAUUGUUGUUGCCCCCCUUCUCGAACUGCUUGUGAUGUGCGGUGAAUAUCGGCAGUACGAGUGGAUCGUACGAUAAUAUUUAGAUUGUACAUGUGACAUAGCCUAUAUUUAAUGUUAAUAUAGGAGAGCAUCGCGGGGAAAUUCAAGGAUCGAACGCCAUACACGAAAUAUUAAAGGAACAGAUCGCGUUUUUAUCAGGUACAUUGGUAUAAAUACAUACUAGAUAUUUUUGUACUUAUUCUACGCUAUACUGUAGCAAUUGAAACGUGUAAUAAAAGGCCGCAUCUACCACAGAUCUCAAGUAUUUGAUACGAAAAUUGUCCUUUUAUUACACCAAAUACCACAAAGCGAUUACAGCUUGUCAAUUGCCUAUAAGCGUUUUAGGAUAUCAUGUCAUGUUGGAUUUUAAUUCACCUUUGUAGUAACAUUCACGAUGUGUGUGUGCGAUUUUAGGUUGUGAUAAGUAUGUUAAAAUGGUUGUAUUUUUAAUUAGGCGGUAAAGACAAACGUGGCGGCCCUGUGAUAACUGUUCCUAGUCGUGGUUCGAACCCAGACGUGAAGAGCGAGGAUUUUAAAAGAUUACUCGUCUACCUAGCCGGUCUUCCAAGGUAAGUUGAAAGGAGAACCGUUUGUGGCACUUGUGGUUUGUGGCCUUAUUUAUGUUUUUGUAUUGCACGCUUGUUUUGAACAGAUUUAAAUGUAAACUCCGGCGCUGUAGAAGCGAGUUUGAUUUGGUAAAUAUGCAUACUGUAAAUGUCAUCUGAAAAAGACGACCUUUUGAAAAUCACUGAGCCGUACGAAAUCAUAAAUAUAUCAUGUUUCGACGUCGUUUCUAUACCGCUGUGUUUUUUAGGCUAAUUUUUGACGGGUGUUUCAACACCCUUCGUUAAUAAUUGUCCCCAAAGGAGGUUGAAUGAAGUUGUAUUUUUAACUUCAAAUGACUCCUGUACUAUUUAUUUAGUAGAUUUUAUCAGCAUAAUGCCAUCCGCACAUUCGAGAUUACCGAGGACGCUAUUUGGCCUAUCACCAAAACCACCCAGCUAAAAACUCGCGCUCAGACUAUUGGAAUGUAAACUUUAUGUCUUAAAAUCAAAUUUUCGCUUUUGUUUAGUCAGGCUUAGCAUGUCUCGGCCAAUUUUGGAUGGUUUGACGGCGCUAUAAGCUCGUAUUUCGAAAAAUUGCUUGUAAUAUGAACUGUUUCUUAUUUUCGUUUGCCUUUGUUUAGGCGACCUUAACUCAUGCUGUGCUUUGCUAUUCAUGAAAAUAAAAGCAUUGUAGGAAAAUUGCAAGCUUGAGCGAAGAACGUUUGACCUUUUUUAAGUCUCUCAUUGUCUCCGUCUUUGUUUUGCUAAAGCCAGUUUGUCUGGAUUCUAAAAUAGUUUCGAAGUUUGCAACAGCAAAACGUAUGCCAAUUUCCUUGAUGCCUUCCAAAGGGGACUUUUAACCUCAACUUCAAGGGGGCAGACUGUAUGUGGGCCUCAACUGCGCGACUAUAAAAUAUUAUUGGUGUCAGCUUUCACAGACUUGCAAGGAUUUGCCAGUUUUAAUAUGUGUUCUAUGACCUAUCAGCUUGCCCUUUCAAGUAUACAUGGCAUAUAUUUCACAUAAGUACACCAUGUCAAGCUAGCUGGUUUCCCUUGGGAAUUUGCCUUGGCAAAACACAACACAACACAACACAACACAAUUAUUAUAAAUUGAUUAUGUGAGUCAUUGCACUUGAUUGCAGAUUACCGAGAACAAUGGUUUGCAAGAUGGUUUCCAAGGGAACAUUAAACUUGAUUUGCACAUGAGCCUUUUGGCAAAUUGCAGUCCCUUGAUUGUUUGUUAGCCUGCAAGCAGAUCUACACUUUACAUGUCACUUGCAAGUGCAACAUACAGUGCAUAUUUCUAGGAUGGCUUGCAAAGUUUUGAAAGCAGUGGCAGACCUUUUUGCAUACAAACGUAAAAGUGAUUGCCUCUUUCGAUGUAAGCUUGAAAAUUUCAGCUGCAUGACGUAAAUGCCUGGUUGCUUACAUACAAGCCCAGAUUUAUAGACUUGCAGUCACAUUAACCCAUUGAGGACAUUAGACAGAGUAAAAUAAUAGAUUAGGUGCAAUAUGCCACUAAUGUGUUAACUAAACACAUGAGCAGAUAGUCUGAUUAAGCCAUUGAGUGCCAGUGCACUCCCUGUGACGAGUAAAAUCAUCUGGCGUUAGACAGAGUAAAAUAAUAAAGUAAGGCACAAUGCAACUUAAUGGGUGAAAUAUCAAUAGCCAAUUACACUAUUUAUCUGGACAGAGGUCCCGUUAGUUAGAGACCUAUUUGAGCUUUUGUUAAAUUAAUAUAUACUUCAUACAUAGUUAGGUGUAUGAUAAAAUAAUAAUGGUUGCAAUUGUAUAGUUGACCAGUUCUAUAUGGUAUAUUGCUCUUCGUCAGCACAACAGGUCAUCAUUGUCCCAAAAUCAAAUCUAGGGACCUAUUUGGAGGGCUAUGCAUGUUGCUUGUCAGAUUUUCAAAACUGAUAUAUCGCAGUUUCAAAAAAGAUUGCCAUGUCACUUUUCUUCAUGUGACUUCUGCAAGUUAGUGUCGUACAAGGUGUCGUAUGUCACUAUUUUAUGUCACAUUGAAUAUGGAUGCACAAUCAGGAUACAUCAUAAUGGGUCAGACGCUCUCUGAUCAUAAUAUUAUAUUGAACCAAGCUUUGGACUAUAUCUAACUGUAUACAGUAUAUUAUACGCCAGAUCUACUCACAUUGUCCCCACAAUCAUAUAUGCUUUAAUUAACACUUGUUGUAAAUACUGUACUGAUAUGAGACUGUUAGUGCUGCUACUCAAUUUUUGCAUUUUCAAAACUAAUAUAUUUCAUGAAGAAAAGCUUACUGUAACAUUGAAACAAUCUUUUAACAUCCAACAGAUAUAUCAGGAAAAAUCAAGUUGAUGUUCUCAUUACUUCUCUACUUUUGUUUUACAAGCCUUAAAUGAAUUCUCAUUUCGUGGGGUUGUUAAAUCAUAUUUCAUGACACAAAAAUUCGUUAUUUCACAUUUCAUGAAAACAAUCGGUAAUUCACAGAAAUACCCUCUAAAUUAAGGUGUACCACCCUUUUAUCUGUUCCAUUAGCAAUUUGCAACAGCUGUUACAUUGCUAUGGAAAUUGUACCCAACUUUAUGCAAUGCAUAUAUGCAAAUUGUACCUACUGUAUCAUACUUAUAAAUACAUCUGUACAAGUAUAAGCUUUUUCUUUGACUUAAGCCCAGGUCAAACAAGGUGCAUUAGUAAUUUAGAGAUGGCAGUCAUGCAACUUUGGUUAGCUGUUCUUAAUGCUCUCCAAACACUAUCAUGUAUUGUAUUUAAGUUAAACCGUAGUUGGAACACUCAUCGAACCUUUAUUUUGUUAAUCUAGAGCUUGGAAUGUUCCCCUUAACAAUGUGUGACUGCCAAUAUCCUCGUAUGACCUGGGGUUUAGUAGGUGACUUUAACAAUUAUUUAACACUUAUAUUUGACUGCUCAUAAAACAGCCCUCGUUAUAUUGGACCGAAUGGCACUUUUAAUAGGAUGUUUUAAAGAGUACAUUAUCUGAAAGAACGAGAUAACACUCAGAGCUAUACAGUACAUCCACGUAAUGUGCAUUUUAUGUCAAUCAAAGUCAAGAUAUGUGACUGGAAAAAAAAUUACAGCUGGGCAAUAUUACUCCAUAAGACAACCUGUCUUUUUCAGCCAUUUUUCUAUUUUUUUCCCAACAAAUAUGAUACAGUAUAUACUAAAGUAUAAAGACUGUAAAAUUGCUUCAUUUUCUAAAUCUUUUUUAAAUUGUAAUUGAGAGAGAAAUUGCAGCCAAGUUGUCACUGUAUUGCACUUUUAUCACAACACAUUCUAAAGUAUAAUGAUAACUUAGAAUUUUAUCUAUAUAAGGGGUUGGAGUUCAAAUUAAUAUUACAAUUGACCAAUUGAUAUGUAAGACUCUCCCAUUGAGAAGUAAAAUCAUCUGGUGUUUGACGGAGUAAAAUGCUAAAGUUGGGUGCAUUGAGGUGCAAUGCAGCCAUUUAAGCUAGCCCCAUUGACAUGCAAGACGUUGAGACCCUUGUAAAUAUUUGAUCGUCUGGUGUUAGACAGAAUGAGAUGAUAAAGUUGGACCCAUUAAGGUGCAAUGUCACUUAUUAAAGGUUAAUGGCAUGCCAUUGAAAAUUUGAAUUGGGAGGAGGAGUUCCAAUCAAUAUCACAGUCAAUAUAAUUCUUGUGUAUUCAAAGUUAUCAUUGAAAGUAGUUGAAAGUACGAUAAACAACACUUGUGACAUGUUGUUGUUCUUAUUCAUGAGCAUCAUUAGUCAUAAGCCAAAGUUAUGAUCAAGCAAAAUAACAUGCUAAAGUAACAAGGGGAGGUAGCAUCAAUAAAAAAUAACUUAAAUUUCAUCAAGGCAUUUUACUUGUAUACUGUGUUUUUGAAAAACGCCAUUUUGACUCCAUGCACGUUCUUGUACAGUGCACUAUAAAAUAUUACAUUUAUAAGAUAUAUUUAUGUGCCACCUGCAAAAACAUGUAAAAAUACUCUUUGAGUAUUGUGCAUGUCAUGUAGCUUUGUUAAAAAUGACAUGCUAUUCAGAAAUAUGUAUUUUAAGCUCAAAAAGGCAUGAAGCUUUUUAUUGUGGCAAGAACUGUCUGUAUCUACGUACAGUACAACACUUACGAAGGCCUUUCUGGAGAAAUCUUCUUCCAAGCAGUUUGAGAGGGGGGGGGGGGGGGCAAAUUUAGGUUGCCAAUAUAAUACUAUUAAUCUCGAACUGUAUGAGUCAGUGUAUGUAGGUAGUUAUAUCCCCAUCAAUCAGAAGCUUUCUCAAUAUAGUACCACCCUUUUGUUGCUGUAAAUUGCAGUUUGAAGGGUGGCCCCCCUGCUCCUCACCAAUAUUACCUGAGUGUAAUUCCAUGGUAGUGAUGACAUUUUUGGGAAAAAAAAGUUGUCAAGAAUUUUCAGAAGCUAUAUUGGUAACAAUUCUCAACUGAAAUAUUAAGAUAUGAGUCACGUAACAUGAGUCACGUAACAUGAGUCACGUGUAUUAUGUAGCAAUCCUUACUAUUGUAAUCCAAAAUAUAAAAUUUCUUUGUGUUGGUAGUUUGCCUAACAUAUAGUCUGUUACUUGAUAGACAUUGUAUGUUUCUCCUUCGUAUGGUAUCCGACGAAAUUCAAAAGUAUUUAGGUUGGUGUGACCUCGUGUCACUUUGUCGUAACAUGAGUCACACACCAAUUUACGGCCACCAAUCUUGUCAUGUUAUAAUCAAAUGUUUAUUUUUUACUGUGAAUCAGUAGCUUACCAUUAUUUGUACCUGCAUGCAAAAAUAUGACAGAAAAAAUAUAUUAGGUAUUACACCAGAUCAAAAUAUCAAAAUGUAAUUUAAGCCAUUAGUAAUCUCACUUUUCCCUCCUAUAACAUGCAUUAGACAGGUUCAAGUAACAUUUAUAUAGAGCGCAUCACAGACCUUACUAAUUGUAAGGUCUGUGAGACAGGCUAGAGUUCACUGUUGAAGGGUCUUGUAGAUGGAAAUUAUCUACUGGAAAUUUUUGCACAUUUAUAAGACCUAACGGGGAACAGUUGUGAAAAAUAAAACUACAGGUCCCUGACAGGAAUCGAACUUGCGAUUCUGGUGCAGUGCCCUAACCAACUGAGCUACAGAGGCCAGUUGUCGAGCUAUAGCCACAAGUGCAUGUAUAUAUACUAGGGUACUGCCAUGUUAGAUUAUGGGUAAAUAUCAAUAUUUAUGAAGGGGCUUGCAUGUAGAUGGAAAUUAGCGAAAUGUAUGUAUUAAAAUAAAUUUCCGCUCAACAAUUUCCAUUUACAAGACCCUUCAACUAUUAUUCAAUCGAAAACAAAAACUUGAUACAGUGCAUUGUGCCUCGAUGGAUCAAUAUUCAUUUGCUGUAACGUGUAUUGUACUAAAAGGCAUUUUCAUUUAAAAAAUAUUUUCUGCUGUAGUAGCAAACGAAAUAAUGUGUUGUACCUGCUAAAAUUAUCGCGGAUAAUUAUCAUAAUUUCAUUAACAAAUACUGGUGGCAGUCGUCAUCGUUAUUUUUAAAGCAGAGCCAAUUUGCUCGAGUGUUUAAAAGCACAAGUUGAUAGAUUUUAUCAUUGUUUAAAAUGAUAAUACUAAUUAAAAGGACAUUUCCAUAAGAUAAAAUAACAAUUAUACUGUCACUCCUGAUAGCAUAUUGUCACCUGAUGAGCAACAUGUCAUGUAUCAGUUUCUAGAUUUUUACUGAAUUUUGUGUAGUUGAUGUGCAAUAAAAUGUUGUCUGUCAGUAUAUAUGGCUGUUGCGAUACAGCUGUGCCCAGCUACCAUUAUGAUUCGUACUUUAAAGCUUUCAUCCAUUUGUACAUAAAUACUGUACUGUAGGAUUUUGCUGUAGUCAUUAAUUUAUCUGAUGAGUGCUACAUCUUGUGGUAUGCCAGGGAAACUAAAUAGUAAUAAAGAUGCCCAGUGGACUUUAUUGUGCCGUUGUACACGAAUUUUGAAUUUAGGAUGAUAUAGCUAUAAAUAGGAUGAAAUGUCUGCCGCGGCUGGGCUUCGAAUCCACGACUUUCGAAAUACCAUCUCGACUAUUGUUUAUUACAUCAGUACCGUAUACUUACAGUAAAACGUACAUUAUUUAUAAUACAUGUAUAUAAUGCAAUUUACAAGAAUAUUUGUAUAGGCUAUAUCAGGUUAGAUAAAGAUUCAGCAUUUUUGAGUUCAGGUUCAAGGAUAUCAAAUAUCUCAAUUCUUAUAUUAAUUAAUUUUUUUCUUUGACUGCUGUGCUAGAUAAAUCUUUCAACCGUUCUACUAGGCUGCUAGACAUGAAACUGUAAAUCAAUACCAUACUCAUGGAAUGGUAGACUAAUUGAUUGCCUUUACUGACCUCGUGAAGGGGGUAGAGCUAGUUAUCUCAUUUAAACAGGCAAUUUUAUCUGUUAAAGGAAGAAUCUUUAUGAGUGCCUCUGGGUUAAUAAAAUAUUUGCAUGACAAAGAAACAUCUUAACAUCAAAGUUUAUUUUCUAAAAUUCUCACCACAUAGGUUUCCUUGCGCCCUAAUACGCCCUACUAUAUUAUUUUACUCUGUCAAACGCCAGACGAUUUUACUCAUCAAGGGGAGAGCAUGCAGUGGCGCUCAAUGGGGGUUAAUCAAGCUGUCUGCCCAUGUAUCUAGUUAACGCAAGCAAUCAACAACUACAUUCUGCAGAUUGAUUUCUUUCCUGAGCAAUCCAGAAAUCAAUUGGCCAAUUUGUUGUCAAUCUUCAUGUAUUUGAAUUGAUAGCAUGAUGUACACACUUUACACUAGAACAAAACCGUGUUCCUAGGUAUCCUAUGACGUUUCUUCUAUACUUUCUAUUAAAAAUGCCUAAGUUUUGACUCCCUAAGUUUUGCGUAUUGAAAUGCUUCGUUCUUUGAUAAAUACGUUUUAUUCAUCCAGGGCAAAAAAAUGAGGCAAUGCCAAUGAUUACUUACGCGGGGGGUCGUACACUCCUAAAUUGGAUCCUAAAUUCACUUGCAUUUAAAACCUACACAUUAAUUACCGACAAAUGUCUGGGUCUUGAAAGUUUCCUGUUAUUAAAGUGUGCCCUCAAGUAAAUAUUUCUUUGAAAUUGUGAAAAUGAACUACAGUACCUACUUCUGUAAGGCAGGUUUCAGUAAGAUUUAUAGACUUUAUAUCGUCCAGUCAUAGUCAAUGGAAUAAAGUUAGGAAACUCGAUGCAGACUUAAUAGACGUCAUUAUCUAUGUUUUUGUCAUGCCGAAAAUGGUCGGUUCAUCAUCAUAUGUGUGUUUUUUCCCCGUCCAACCAACCAAUACCAGUGUAUUGGUUUAAUUACCCAGUCAUGAUAUUACACAAUGACUAAAUAAAAACAUAGUUAUUAGUUGCUCUAGCUAGCGAAAAUACAAUACACACGUGACGAUGAACUGAUCAUUUCGUGCAUAAACCAAGGGAAAAAAAAUAAUGAGGUCUAUUAUGUCAAGUCUCUUAACCUUAGUCUAUUGAGUAUGCUCCAUUAGAUGGGAACUGCGAGGUGAUGGUCAAUUAGAUUUUUAUCAGCGUGUGAAAAUGAUUUUAAUAUUUUUUUUUUUGCAACUAAAAACCUCAUUGCACUUAAGGCUGGCUGGCACUAUAUCAAAGUUUCUGUGAUCACAGUAGGAAUUUUGCAUAGGUAAAGUUUUGAAGGAUUUGUAAGAAAUGAGGGAACAGAACUGUCUUAGUGUUUUAUAUUGAGUCAGUUCCUUGAAACAUUUCUUACAAAUCCUUCAAAAUUUAAAAUUUACCUGUGCAAAAUUCCUAUGCAAUGAUCACAGAAACUUUGAUAGUGUAAAGCAGGCUGUAGACAACACUUGGUGGCAAACCACUAUCUGCUUUCUGUAUAACGGGUACUGAAACCAACCAACAUGCAAUAUAAAUGCUGAUAUCAUCCGUGGGAGUAUAUUAUGGUAUGUUAUUGUUUCGAGUGCACUCUUAUCAGUAUAGAUUGCCGUUUCCUGAUAACUCUGUGUGAAAUGUAAAUUUCAUAAGUGGCCAUGUCUAAAAUGAAUAGCGAAAUUGAAUCGAUUGAAUUUAUACCCCCCUCCCCAUGAUCAGGCGGAAUGUCUUCCAACAUAAGCCAACAAUAUCAAACAUAAUAUUCAAACAAGGCCAACAUCUUGUGGACCAACAUAUUGGCUUCGCUUUGAACAGGCCUUUUUGGACCGAUUUAUGCCACUUUACUGUAAUUUAAUUGGUCAUGUCUGACGUCAUGCUGACGUUGUCUUUGUGGUUUGUAUUGAGGAAAACGCACUGAUAACCCAAUGAUGACAUUUAAUAAACAUUUCCUAAUCGUUGAGAUAAGAAGACGUGUGGCUACAUUACUUGUUGCUGGAACUUGUCAACAUUUGUUAAGAGUACGAUAUUUUCUCCGUAUUGUUGACGUCAUCAUUACUAGUUUGCGUAUGGAAAAGCACACUUAUAACUAAAGGACGAUAAUUGAUAACAUUCAGAUGCUCUCAAAAUUUAUAAAAAGUGCGCUGUUGUUUAAUGCCGAUUAAUUGCACACCCAAGGGUAAAAUGUUUUGUUAACAUGUUUUUUUUUAUCUAUCUAUUUCAAAAUUUUUAUAUUUUGUCAAUCCUGACAUGUGUAUAGAAACCAAUUUUAACAGUUUAUGUGCCCAGACAGUUUAUAACCCUUUCAGAAAAUGCAUAUCAGCCCGUUGUAUAAUUUAUGCAUGAUAUUAUAAUUUAUGCAUGAUAUUAUAAUUUAUGCAUGAAUUCGCGGGCGGAAGUCUUUUAGUGCCCUUGCUGUAGUUUCACUGUGUAGUUUCCAUUAACAUUGGUAUACCAUCUCUUAGUCUAGAUCUGACAGAAUUACUGACAGUCACUCUCGGUAAUUUUCUGUUCUUAUUUUGUAGUGACCAUGCAAAGGACCGGGGUUUUAGUAUUGUUCUGGACAUGCGUGGUAGCACAUGGUUAGCCAUCAAACCUGUGUUAAAAUCACUGCAGGUAUCUUGUCAUGAACUGUUAUUAAACGCACUGUACAAUUUUGAUAUUGUGCUGUUUAAAUGUGUCACUGUAGUCAAUAUAUCAACGCACUUGGUGGCCCAGUGUACAGUAUUUUACAUUAAGCUGUCAUACCCUAACGCCUGUAUUCUAAAAGCUCACUCAAAGAGUGGAGGUUUAAUCUGAGCUUCCCUUGAGCGUCAGUGCUGUUUUUGAAUAGCUGGAGGAUGAGUAGUCACAUAGUAAGUUACGACAUUAACGCCUGUAUUCUAAAAGAUCACUCACGCUCAAAGAGUGGAGGUUUAAUCUGAACUUCCCUUGAGUGUCAGUGCUGUUUUUGAAUAGCUGGAGGAUGAGUAGUCACAAAGUAAGUUACGACAUUAACGCCUGUAUUCUAAAAGCUCACUCACGCUUAUACUCAAAGAGUGGAGUUUCAAUCUGAGCUUCCCUUGAGUGCCAGUGCUGUUUUUGAAUAGCUGGAGGGUUAGUCUCGUACCUUACUAUGUGACUACUCACCCUCCAGCUAUUCAAAAACUGCACUGACACUCAAGGGAAGCUUAUAUUGAACCUCUACUCUUUGAGUGUGAGUGAGCACAGACGUAAGACCACUCUAGUUAAAGUUUCCUGGUUAAAGCGCGACUAACUACAAAUAUGAUUUUUGGUAUGUGUAAUAUUUGGGUCAUUCGAAGAAGAAAUGUAAUAUAUCUUUAUAAUAAAAAGUCUCAUCUUGGAUUCAUGAUCAAAUUUUUCACUUUCAAAAUUUCCGGAUGUGAUAUCAUUAGGUGAAUUGCAAAUUACUUUUCCUUUGUUUUUCAUACCACAAAUUCACCUAUAAAUGACAUCAUAUCUGGAACUUUGACAGUGAAAAAGUUGGUCAAGGUUGCAACAAUAUUGUUAUAUCAUGACUGUAUCGGACUUGUUGGACAAUAUCAACAAGCUUGUUACAAGCUGUUAACAACUUGUAACAAGCUUGAUGGCAUUAUCAGACUUGUUACAAGGUUGGUCUAACAAGUCUGAUACAGUCAUGAUAUAACAAGAAUGUUACAAGGUUGACGACACAGGGUUGUUGGAACAACCUUGCAACAAGUCUGAUAAUAUCAACAAGGUUGUUACAAGUUGUCAACAGUUUGUUCCAUACUUAUUGACAACUUGGGACAACUUGUUGACAACUUGUUGACGACUUGCUACAAGAUGUGAGACUUUCCGUGUGUAUAGACCAUCUCACUGUAUUGACCUUUUUGCUUUUUAACGUUUUCAAAUACACACGUAAGUUUUUACAGAUCUGCAAACGAGUUGUAGCAAGGUUGCUGUCAAGCCAAUAUCAGGAUGUGUUCGCACUGCUUGUUCCCAGUUGUUGUGACAAGUCUGGAACAAGUUGUUAUCACCAUGUUACAAGGUUGAUGACGGUAACAGACUUGCUAUACGAGUUGUUCCAACAAGACCAAUACAGACUGUUCGUAACAAGUUGCUAUACGAGCUUGUUGUCAUCAACUUGUUAUUUGUUCAACUUGUUAUACCUGCAGAUGAUAUCUGACUUGUUGGAACAACUUGUUGCGAGUCUGUUGGCCUCACAUCAACCUUGUUACAAGAUGACAACAACUUAUUCCAGACUUGUCAACAACUGGGAACAAGCAGUGCGAACACAUCUUGUUGACAAACUGUGAGAUUUUUAUCCGUGUAGUUCAGACAUACUGUAGACAAUGGCAGCUUAAUGCGAAAUACUAUACUAUUAUACAAUGUUCCUAUAUCCUGAUAAUGCAUGGUAUUGCCUAUACUGUAGUUGAAGCAUGAAUAUAUACAGUACGUACCAAAAUCGUGAUGUAUACAUAUAUACUGUACAUCUUGAAAACUAUGACCAAAUUUGUCUACCAAUAUAAAAAAUUCUGCAUGUAAACGUUAAAAAUUAAACUGGUACUUCAACGAAGAACGUCCAGUAUAUUUUGACAUGAAAUUGUUUGAACUGUUUUGAAGAUUUUUUAUUUUUAUUUCGCUGUAUAUACUCCACAGCCAAAACAGUAAAUCUUGCAUAAGACAACAAAACAUGGAUAUUUCUAAGUGAUAUUAAGUAAAGAACUUGUAUUUAACACCACAGAAUAGACCUUUCGAUACAGUCCCAUAUUUUCCUAAUGUUUGUUUGUGUUUCUACAACAAGUGAAAAAAGAUUGAACGACUGAAUUGAUUCCAAACAGCUGCGUCAUUCUGUACGUUAUGAAAAAAUAUUUUGAGCAAUCUUUCUGUUACUUUUCCGGCUUUCUGUUUGCGAUGGAUUCUAAUCUUAAAUGUUUCUAAAGAAAUUUUUAACUAUGUAAACAAAAAGUUUAUUUAGGAAUGCAAGACCCAUCGCAUGCUUUUGAAUUUAACUAUAAACGAAGCGAUAUAAAUGAUUUGUUGUUUCCUUCUAGUUAUAUUUCCAUUUUCAUUAAAUAUACCAUUCCUUACCUUUUUCUAGGAGUGUUUCCCGUCGAAAAUUCAUUCUGUCUACAUAAUAAAACCCGAAGGUUUUUGGGAGAGGCAUAAGGCUUCGUCUGGAAGUGGAAAGUUCAGUUUUGAGGUAAAGAUUAUAUUUCGUCCUGUCAUCAAUAAUUAAUUGCCAGAAUUGUUUGAGCCGGAUUAAAUUACGGUCAACGAACGACAUGACCUGCAUUUGAAAACGUCGAGUCAGUUAUAAAGUCUAAAAUGCGUUCAUGUUUUAUGGAUUCGAGUUAAGAUGUCUUCAAAAAGGUUUGUGUUUGUUUAAUUUUGUUACAUUUUAUGUCGUUUUUCUGAUUUAGUGUUUAGACGUUUAUUAUUUUUUUGUCUUUAAAAUUUUAUCAGCGUUCAAGUACAUUGCUAGGAAUCUUGUCAUUUUUCUCCUGUUGGCUGAUACAAGCUUAUGUGUGGUCGUAAAGUUGUUUUACAUGGCUUAAAAGAUUAGUUCAGUUGUUGUAAACACUGCUGAGCGCUCAGUAGCUCACGUACAGUCAUCUCCAAGCAUUAACAUUGCUUAUCGUUCGUAUAUUAAGCGAGAGUGGAGACUUUGAAUGAAAAUUAACCGAAUAUUCCGCAUUUUUACCAGUUUGCAUCACCGUUAUAAGCGUUUAGUAAUGUAUUCGUUCUUCAAAAUCGCUAUUUCUCAAGCAUUCUGCACUUGAGCGAUGAUUUUUAAGCUCGAUAUACCCGUUGCAGAAUUCCCAGACGGAAAUCGUCAUGAAUUAAUGAGCAUUGUGCGAUGCCACGUUUAUUGUUCAUUUUAAAUUACUGCUAUGAAUAUUUAAAACUUUUUGUGAAAACUGUUUGAUUUAUGAUUUUUUGCACAUUUCACAAUUUUGUACAAUAAAUAUAUAUUUUAGAAUUUCGGAUACUUGUACAUUAUAACAUGUCUCUGUCGUCUGAAGAUCAUUGGGGAACAUUAUUUUUGUUCAUAAUUUUUUUAUGAUUUUCGAGUGCAAAUCUCAUAAAUCUUAUUGCAAUGUUGUCUAGUCGUUGACAUUUUAUAGCAAAGUUUGUUAGAGGUUUAAUACAGCCUAAAGUCGGCACAGAUCAUGUUUCGUUCAUUGGAAUACGGUGAAGUAAAAAUUUUUAACUUCGAGUUUUGAUUUGGGUUUCUAAAGCAGUUUUUUUCAAACAGUCCUCAUUAUUUAAAAACACCUGCGCCGAUCGUUUACUUUUCUUAUAUCAAGUAAAUUAAUUUGCAGUGUGCCAAAUUGCAAACUGUAAUGAAUACUGUACGAUAUUUUGACACUUACGUCUAGUUUUGGUCAGUCUUCAUGUUUACAUCGCAUUGUUUUCUAAAAAUUAGUGUUACUGUGGCCACAUGCUUGAGUAAACUAUCCUUGACCUUGUGCACAGUAUUAAGUGGUGUCAAUAAGUUAGAAUUUUCUUGGCAAUCAAAGCUUGCAUAUUUUACUGACGUUAGUGGAGUUUGUGUUGUUCAAGGCGGCAAAGUGAUAAGUUUGCUUAAAAUGUUAGAAAUAUAUGAAUUUUAUAUCUUCACUGAUGGAACGACAUGAUAUAUGUUAUGUCAUCUCAUCUGUUGUAAUAGUUCAGUAAUUCGUGUGGUAUCGAGCUCAGUGUAGAAUAUUCAGUUGCAUUGUUUUAGAGUUAGCCAUAGUGGACACGUGUGAUUAGUUUGUGAUUUUUAUCGCAAGGAUGUUAUUUUAUUAUCGUGGCUAGUUAUUGAACCGUCAGCUUACACGUUUUUGCUCAUCAUUUUGGAGAUUAACAUUAGUUUAGGCCAUAAAUCACUAAAAUAAUAUCGGGUGACGUGUUGAUGAUCUAGUCCAUGCUAAACAGGUGAAAACAGAAAGCCAUUGUCUUCUUCUGAAUAGGACGCUAGUACGUGCUAGUUUUAUCCGAAUCUGAUAUACGGACUCAUCUGUAUACCGAAGUGAGCCAGGUGAAAGCAGUGCGCAAUUUGAAGGCUUUAUUCUUUCCACAUGAAUUGUAUGAUAUCACUUUAGUUUAUGAUUUCCCACUUUGAAGCACACAUUUAUUCACCAGUUCAGUCAACUACACACAGAUAUGCAAACAAGUUGUGUUCGCACUGCUUGUUCCCAGUUGUUGUGAUGAGUCUGGAACAAGUUGUUGUCACCGUGUUGCAAGGUUGAUAACGGUAACAGACUUGUUAUACAAGUUGUUCCAACAAGGCUGUUCGUAACAAGUUGCUACGAGCUUGUUAACAAGUUGUUACGUGCAGACGAUAUCAGACUUGUUGCAUGGAACAACUUGUUGCGAGUCUUUUUGCCUCGUCAACCUUGUUACAAGAUGAUAACAACUUGUUCCAGACUUGUCAACAACUGGGUGAAAACAUCAGUGUUGUUGACAAACUGUGAGAUUUUUAUCCGUGCAGGAGAGUGCACUCUUCUCAUUUGAUUACUGCAUGCAAGACAUCGUAUGUAACAUCAAAGAACAUGUAUUAACUUCGUUAAACGCCCCACCAGAAAACAAGUACUUCCUCAUUAGUCGAGUAAACUUAGCGAUCGGUAGGACAAUGUAAAACAUUCUAUGUGGAUUCGUAAGACAUUACCUUUCAGGUGGCCUACAAUUGACGAACUUCCAAUUCACUUUGUUAGCCCCCCAUCAGAGCUCGUACUCAUUCAUCAUUCAACGAGUCAAUUAAAAAAGGGCACAGGGCAGACCCAAGUCUACUUUCACGAGUUUUGCAAUUAAAUACUACAAGUACAGGAAUCGCUGCAUGCUCAAUAUCACCAUGAUAACCUAAACGCAAUUGGCCCUCUGCAUUAAUACCAAAAAUGUGUUAAAACAAUGUGUGACUGUAUGGCAUAUGGGGUUUCGGUUUUGUAUUCACGAGAGCAAGCGCCCUUUACCUCUGAGUUCGUGGGUUCGAUUCUCGCUACGGACUCUCCUAUAAAAAGAGUCGACGCUCUGUUGAAAGUCGUAGGUUUUCUCUAGGUGCCCGCUCCGGUUUCCUCCCACAGGGAAAGUUGACAGGGUGGGUUUGGAUAAACAUGCAGUUCAGAAAGUAAUAUCACAAUUGUUGUAAAAGAUAAAAUAGUCUACACGCGUAAGAAUUGAGAAAAUCAACAACUUGUUCCAGGUUGAUAUCAACAGGCGUGAACAAGGUUGUGCGGCCCACCGCUAUGAACGGUAUUGUCAACAUGUUGUUACAGCAUUGUUCAAGUGUAACAACUUGGAACAACAUGGUUGACAACUUGUUCAUAGUUUGCCGCACAACAUUGUUCACGCCUGUCGAUAUCAACUUGGAAUAACCUGUGCGUUUUUAGCCGUGUAGGUUAAGUAUGUAAUUUGGUAAGCGUAAUACUUGAUGUAAAGCGCAUUUGAUCAUACCCACAUGUGAAUUUGUGCUCUAGAAAUCGUAAUCUUACCGUGGGAUUUUCAAAAUGGAUAUUCCAAUCACCGAAUCUGAGUUCUCAAACCCUGUCCCGAUAGGAUAUGAUCCUACUAACAUAUUACAUUUCAAAUGUUUCAAACCGUGUCCCGAUAGGCUAUGACCCUACUAACGUAUUACAUUUCAAAUGUUUCAAACCGUGUCCCGAUAGGCUAUGACCCUACUAACAUAUUACAUUUCAAAUGUUUCAAACCGUAUCCCGAUAGGCUAUGACCCUACUAACAUAUUACAUUUCAAAUGUUUCAAACCGUGUCCCGAUAUAGGCUAUGACCCUACUAAAGCUUCGGAUACACGAGCAAUAUUUUUGCUGCGAUGGUUACGCAAUGGGUGAUAACAGCAUUGCGUUGCCGUCGCACAAGGUGGCUACACCUGAAAUAUUUCACCUGCAAUAUAUGUCUUCAUAACGCUUUUCAUUGGCUGGUCAAGAAACGUGUCAUUCAUCAACCUUGACCUUUCUUGACCACACCUCCCAAUUUUCGGCAAUCAUUGCAGAAAAUCAAAUGAUUUGAAAUUUCGGCGACGAUUGCGCGCAGCUUUGCGUUGCCGUCGCAGAGCAUGAUACACAAGCAAUUUCUUUCUCGCGACGGCAAUGCAACGAUUUUACCACCAUUGCAUUGCCAUCGCCAGAAAAGUAUUGCUCGUGUAUCCGUAGCUUAACAUAUCACAUUUCAAAUGUUUUGUUUUCAAAUACUUAUUGUUUUCUUUGAAUGUUUGUUUAAACUCUAGGUGACAUUCAGCUCAGUAGAGGGUCUGUGUAAAUAUAUCGAGCCUAGUAGCCUGACGUUGGGAUUUGGAGGAACACUUGUGUACAAUCAUGAUCAAUGGGUGAUCAUGCAGAUGGUAAUGUAUUUCUUUAUAUAUAAAGGUGUAUAGGAUAGUUAUGUUUAGCUGUUGAUCAAGCAAGCAUGAAUUAUUAAUGAGUUUUACAAGUAUUGUUAAAAAUCACCUGUAAAAUUAUGAUUACAAAGCAUAGUCUAUGAUAUGAUGGACUGGAAACUGCAGAAGUGUUUGUUAUAUGAAUUUAUAGUUCGUGUUGAUUUGUGUAACCCAGAAUAAAUUGAGGUCCCUGGAGCGGCGGAGAAACAGUCUACGAUCAAUCAACGCUAAUGCCGUGCAGUUUCCCCCGCACAACGGGGGGCGGAAUAUGAUUGGUUGAAAUUUUCCUUUGUGAUCACGCCGAAAAUUGCAUGAAUUACAUUGUUAUGUGUAAUAAUUCAUAGUUGCUCUGCGUCCGCCAUCUUGGACUUGACAUUUUUUAAUAAUUUUAAAUUAAUUAUGCAAAAUACUGCUUACGUAACUGUACGGCAUAGUGUUGAUUGAUCGCAGACUGUUUCUCCGCCGCUCCAGUGGGAUUCGGCUUUCAUGUAAAUAUUAUGAACAACAAAGAAAUGAUUUAACAAAUACUCUACAAAAUGACUUUAAUGUACCGAUAAAUUUCCAAACAACUGAUGACUUACUAAACAUAUUGUCAUCGAAUAAUCCCGAUUUGCUCAACAUUUUCUCAAAAUUUCUUUUCGGUUGUUUUAAGAAACGUGAUGAAUGCCUUGAAACUAGGUUACAUUCGAAGUAGUUAACUUUCUUAAAAUUUGAUAUUUAUAUAUGAUAAUUAUUAUUUCAUAAUUCAAAUCUUUGGUAUUGCAAAUAAAUAGUCAGAGAUCCUACAACAUUUGUUAUUUUGUAAAGUAAAGUAAAAUAGAUAUAAAACUUAUUAAUAUUGUUAAUCACAUUUUAUGUAAUAUAUUAUUGAAAACUUUAGCAAUACCUUGUAAAUAGGUCAUGCGAAUAAAGUAAUAAAAUAGCAAAUAGCUUAGAUCAGUCUGCCGGUUGUUCAAAAGCUGGUUAACUUAAUCCUAGAUUAACGCAAAUUUCAAAGCAAUCUUCCCAACAGCCUCCACACUCAGAGUAACAUCACAAACAUCAUAUUCACCUGAGUACACAACACCAACACACACAAAACAAUAUGAAGAUAGUUUUCCAAAAUUCAUGUCUGCGUCAACAGAAGUUUUAUUUUCCAAAGUUUUGAAAUGAACAGAAGUGCAAUUGUACCCAAACCAAAACGGCGGAUUAAAUUUUAACCCAGGGUUACGCUAAUACACCUUUGAACAAUCGUCCCCCGGACUUCGUCCACUAUCGACCAGGGGUGGAUCCAGCAAGGUUUCUCUGGCGGGGGGUGCUGUGUCAGCAGUCAAGUGUUUCGUUAUAAUUUUUUAGGGGUGGGUGGGUGGUAGAGCAUUCAAAUGAAUUGGCCUCCUAACGACUUGAGGGCCGAAGGCGCAAGCUCCCUAGGGGGUCCAGGGGUAUGAUCCCCGGAAAAUUUUGAAACUCUAGAAAUGCCAUUUCCUGCGAUAUGGGCAUUGAAUUAUGAGCUUCAGUUUGACUUCAAAAAAGGAAAACCUUGGAAAUUGUGCCAUAUUUCUGAAUUUGAUUUUUUUGCACACCCCCCCUUGCCCCCUGUUGAUCAAGGCCAACAGGGGUGCGCACCCCUGUCCACCCCUACCCUAUAAAUCCACCCCUACAAUCGACCCCUUUUCUAAAUUCCGAUCUCUUCUGUGUAAUUUCCAGGCAUUAGAGAAAUUCAAUUUCGAGGCGAUGUCUCUGUUGACAAAAUUGGAAGAAAUUCACGAAGGUUUAAUACACCAAGACUAUGCCGACGACAUUGUAACGUUACGUGAACAAGUCAAGCACAACCAACACGUUAGAAAAUGGAUAAUUAAAGCCCCCAUUGAAACGUUGGAAGAGGAGGGGAGUAAACUCCUAGAGUGGAUCACGGAAAAUAAACUCAAACAUGCCGACGCCGCCAGUGAAGACUGGAAAACAACCGGUGCUAGAAUAAAGAAUAUUUUAGAAAAUUUGCACGGGAAGAGGGAAAAGUUAAAGGAUUCGUGGCAUAUUAGGAAACAUAGACUUGAUCAAUGCAUCCAGUACCAUCUUUUUCAACUUGAUGCCGAAAAGGUUAGUGGCGGAUUUAUUAAUGAUUUAUUAUAUGGCAAGCAUCACUUCCGGUGAAAUGGCGGACUGUGAUUGGCUGAGAAGCACUUUCAGCGGUCCAUUGUUUUUCCGUAAUGGACCGGCGGUCAUUACGUAAAAACAAACGCAUGUUUUUAAAACAAAACAGGAAAACUAAUUGAAAAUUUGAAAAUUAUAAUUUAAUUUGUUAGAAGUGAACAUUCUUCAUUAAUAACGAUAAGCAAAUGGCAAGCCCGACCAAUGGCAGUGCGUAAAACUCCUAUCAAUCUCUUACGAGUUACGAUUAACCAAAUACAGGUCAAGUUUACAUCAAAAAUAGUCAGUAAAAGUACAUUAUGUUGUUCGAUUAGGAACGUUUUAAAAAAGGUUACACCACAUUACAUGCCGAGUUUCACAUCUUUACAAUUCGAUUAAAAUAUGAAGCCUUAAAAGUACUUGUUGUACAAAAUAGUGUUUUUAAAACAAGAGUGGAAUUACUACUGAGACAUAUUCAGCCUUUCCAAAUGACGUCACAACAGAUAAUUUGACAAAGCUGUUUGACUUCCGCCAUUUUGGGUGGAAAAUGUUAGCAAAAUAAAAACAUACACGGCAUCCAUGCAUUAGCCGUCAAAAUUUCACAGGUUUACUUCGGCAGAGCUUCAGUUUAUCGCUUUCAUUUACCUUACUUAACAAAGGGAUUUUUUUUCAGACAGUCGUAAUAAUAAUAAUAAUAAUAAUAAUAAUAAUAAUAAAGAUUUAAUCUGGCAUAUCCACAUUACAUGGCUCUUCAUCCAUACACUUAAAAAAACUAACAAACUAUUUCUAAAUUUUUACAACUGUCUUGUACAACUACAAGUACAAUAUAAAUAAAUUUGAAUAGUUAAAAUCAGGUUAUGUGAGAAAAUUAAUCAAUCCUUAUCAAUCCUUUCUCUACCUUGAUCUAAUAAAAUUCUUUUAAGAGUAAUCUUAUAAUUUUUAAAAUCCAUUAGUUUCAAAUGUUCUGGAAGACUAUUAAAAACUCUAGCAGCAUUGGACUGAAAACUGUCUUCAAUGUUAGAAUAUUCAAUUUUCAAACCACCGUCACAGUUACUACGCAGAACUCUUGAAACUCUUUUGACUUGGAGCGAUAGAUCACUUGGCCAUUUGUUAUCUCUUAGGGCCUGAUACGCCAGUUUCCCAAUACUAAACUCAAUCCUUUCUUUGAUUGGUAGCCAUCCCAAUGUUAGCACAUCAUUCACUUUCGCAAAUUUACCAAUCACAAAACUUGCCGCAGCAUUCUGGACUUUUUGUUGUCGUUUGAGUAAAUAAUCAGGCAAGGAUCCGUAUAAGCAAUUGCAAUAAUCCAGUUUGGAUAAAAUCAAUAAUUCUGCUAGUUGUUUUCUCAACGAGAACGGCGUGAUACGUUUCAGCCUCCUCAAGCAAGCCAGGGACGAAUACGUUGAUCUUAUUACCUUUUCCAAAUGUGGAUUCGUAAAACCUUGCUAAACCUAAUAUCGCGUGAUUUCUGAGCGUGACGUGAUAUUCCAACUUGAAUGCGGGACCUGAAUAGAUAGGGGAUAUUAACAAGCUGUGCUUGCAUUUAAGAUCAGUAUUAUUAUUAUCACUAAGCUGACAAGAGUCAUUGAUGACGUCACUACUAAAGCAAUAUUCGUUACCAGUCCCGUUUGCUUAUUCCGUGUAAAAAAUGUUCCUAUUUCGUUAUUGAGUAUGGGAAUGGCGCAGUCAUGUGCUGCCAUAGAGCAGCGUGAUAAAACGUAUUUAUUUUGCCUUGCAGAUGAGACAAUGGAUCAAAGAAAGUCAAGAGGAUCUUGUUUCAAACUUCAGUGAAGUCGGAAACGACGAAAAUUCCUCGAGCGAACUACAGCAAGAGCAUCAGAAUAUACAAAAUUCGUGUAACGUAAGUGUGCUUAAAAUGUUUGUUUACUUGGUUAAUGGUUUGUUUGCUGGUUUAUGGCGUGAUCCGUUGCAUUGUAUGGGUUUUAGCAAGGAUUUAAGAUUGUCAAGAGUUUAAAAUUGAGGAAGUGUAGCUAGCAGACGCGUACAGUAUAAAGCCUUGGAUGAGAGUUCAUGACAGUUGACCGUCAAUUUCCAUCGACUCUAAUGAACUUUCGUGACUUUGAGCUGCUUCAAAUUUUAACGAGAGCUGAUUAGCGAUUUUCUUCGUUUGAUCUACACGCGCGAUAAUAUGCAGUCAACUCUCAUGCAACUCUUGUUUUCGUUUGUUCGGAACAAGAGUUGAGAAAAUUCUCAUGCAAACUCGGGCUUGUCAACUCUCGUCAAUUCUCGUCCUUGUUUGAGGUCCUCGUUUGAGAUCUUACGUUUCAAAACAUAACUGCUUUUUUAGUAAUGACGUUUAGGGUGGAUAUUGUUUCUCAUAAAAGGCUUCCUAUAGUGAUAUUCAUGUUGAUUACAUGAUAAUCAUUCCCUUGCAUAGCAAAUUUUUCCGGAUGCUUACUUGACAAAUGACAACUUUUUUUGCGGAAAUUUGAAACGUAUAAUUCGUGCCGAUCAAUACUGUCAUGGUGAAUUAAUUUACAGCACAUUUGCAUUAACUGGACACAUUCUGAAAACAAAGUCUAAAUUCAUACAGAACUCGCAUAUUUAUCACUAGAAACACGAUUCACAAGUAACCAUUAAACUGCAUUACUUCAGGUUACUGAGUAUGGCUCAUUUUAUUUACACCGUUUUCUGUUUGGUUAUUAGACUACUUAAUUAAAUUCAUCCUAGGAAGUUAAAACUCACGCAUGUUAUGACAAAUAUAUGACCACAUGUUGUAUAUUCGACCGACAAAAACGACAUGUUAUAUUCGACCGCGCUUCUAUGUAACUUAUAUAAUAAUAUAGAUGAACAGAUUACUCAUUUCUGAUUGGCUAAGAGCAGUACAAUUAUUUUUGAAAUUUCACACUGUGCAAUUACUGCAGUCCAAUUAACAAAACAAGAGCAGAGCCUGGAAAUGAGGCAGAGAAAAUCAACAUGGUGGCAGAUAUAAGUAGCAAUGUAAAUUUUCACUUUUUGUACGUGAAUAUAUCGCACAUGAAUGUAACAAUUUAAGUACAAGGAGCACAUAGACUAAAAAGGUUUGCUGCGAGUUUUUCAAAGACGUCAAAUGGCACUCGUCCUUCGCACUCGUGCAAUUUUGAUCGUCUUUGAAAAACUCACUCGUGCAUGUUUUUCCCAAAUUGCACGAGAAACCAUAAGGUUCGGUCACACGGAGCGACAAGUCGCAGGGGCAUGUUGCAGGGACAUGUCGCCCGAAACGAGUCACACGAAGCGACAAUGCUAGGCGAAAACAAGUCGCACAAGCGCUUACAGGCGCGUGGUCACACGAGGCGACAAUUCAUGCGACAAGUCAAAGAACUCCCAUGAGGACUUAUAUUGAAAUUGAGCGUGCAAGUAGUCAUGGGAAUGAUAUUUUGUGAUUGGUCGGACUAAUUAUUUCCCCGCGACUUGUGAACAGACUAGCUCACACGAUGCAACAAGUCGCGGCAACGGUUUUUUCCCCCGCGACACGUCGCAUGAAAUCAAAUCAAUUUGAUUUCAUGCGACAUGUCGCGGGGACAAUUUUUUGUCCCCGCGACAACGCUUACACAUGUGACACACGAUGAAAUUCGACCCCGCGACAUGUCCCUGCAACAUGCCCCUGCGACUUGUCGCUCCGUGUGACCGAACCUUAAGGCCAAUUUAGACUACACAACUUUUGCCUAAAACUGUCGCAUGCAACCUGCUUACAACUUGAGUUGUACUGUGUAAAUCAAACACACAACUCACUUACGUUGUCGUGGGUAUACUAUAGGGAGUUUAAGCUUCACGUUUCCGGGAACAGCAAACGGCAGGUUCGAACAUUCUUGGCAAAAUUUUCGUUGAACGUUUUCGUUUCAUAUUUUCUUUCUUGCGUCGAAACAGUGAGAAUAUGUUUCGUUCGCUACUCUGGUUUAAAUAAAUGAUUACAAAGCCCAGUCGAAUUGUAAUCAAGACCCAACGUUUCGACACUCCAGUCUAGUGUCUUCAUCAGGGGUGAUCUAAAAUUGCAAUCGUGGUUUCUUAAAUACCCAAGGGAUGACGUCACCUGCCAAUGAGAUGCAUAUAUUCCUCUGGCAAAUAGGCGCCGUCAUUCCUAUUCAAAGCAUGAUUACUCAUAUUAAUAUGCCACGCUUCUAGGCAAAGUCUUUGACCAUAGCGAUUGUUUGUGGUAAUUACUUUUUAGAGUUUUCCCACGCAAUCUCGUGUUUGGUGUAACAUACAUGUUCGGCUAAAGCUGAUUUUCCCUUGUCUAAAGUUGAAACAGCCUUUUGAUGUUCUUUUAGCCGUGUACCAAACUGGCGUUUAGACUGACCCAAAUACUCUUUCUCACAGUCACCGCAUGGUAUAGAAUAUACAGCAUGAGUUUUCUGAUUUGUUUUAACAGGAUCUUUUGGCUUUGCAAAAAUAUGGCCUAAAGUCAAAUAGGGUUUUAAGGCAACCUUAAUAUUACAAUUACUUAAGAUUCUCUUGAUUUGUUCUGUGACACCUUGAAUGUAUGGAACUAUUGCAUAACCCUUAACAGAGGUAUCACCCUCGGAGUUAUUUUGAUUCCUACAAACAGGUGAUCUCAGGCAAUCAUUAAGAAAACGUUUUGGGUAAUCGUUUUCUUAAUGAAAACUGAUGCUGUAUAUUCUAUACCAUGUGGUGACUGCGAGAAAGAGUAUUUGGGUCAGUCUAAACGCCAGUUUGGUACACGGCUAAAAGAACAUCAAAAGGCUGUUUCAACUUUAGACAAGGGAAAAUCAACUUUAGCCGAACAUGUAUGUUACACCAAACACGAGAUUGCGUGGGAAAACUCUAAAGUAAUUAUCACAAACAAUCGCUAUGGUCAAAGACUUUGCCUAGAAGCGUGGCAUAUAAAUAUGAGUAAUCAUGCUUUGAAUAGGGAUGACGGUGCCUAUUUGCCAAAGGAAUAUAUGCAUCUCAUUGGCAGGUGACGUCAUCCAUUGGGUAUUUAAGACAGGGCCUUUUUUAAGGAUUUUCCCGUGGGGGGGGGGCAUUUCUGUGAUAUAAUAUUAUUAGAAGGGGAUAGCAAUGGGUGAAGGCCAUGUGUGUGGCCAAUAUACCACGCAUGAUUGGGGGGUCUGGGGGUGUACUCCCCCAGAAAAUUUUUGAAAUUUGAAUCCCGGAAAUGUCAUUUCCUGCAUUCUGAGCAUCCAAAUUUGCUCCAAAAUUUAUGCUAACUAUACUUGUAUUUGAAAUAAAUAAAGGAAAAAAUGCACAAAAAGUAACUGAAAAAAAUAACCAUAAUUUAUCAUUACUUAUUAGAGGAGGACAGCAAUGGUCACGUGUGUUGGGGUGCACUCCCGGCUAGAAAAUUUUUGAAAUUUGAAUCCCGGAAAUGCCAUUUCCUGCAUUCUGAGCAUCCAAAUUUGCUCUAAAAUUUAUGCUAACUAUACUUGUAUUUGAAAUAAAAGAAGGAAAAAAUGCACAAAAAGUAAAAAAGAAUAUUAACCGUAGUUUAUCAUUACUUAUUAGAGGGAUAAUCCCCAGAAAAUUUUUGAAACUUGAGACCCGGAAAUUCUAUUUCCUGCAUUUUGAGCAUCCAAAAAAUAAAAAAUUAUUAACAAAAAUUUAUCAUUACUUAGUGGUAGAAAAACGUAACAAUUUAAAUCGAUUUUGUUAAACAAGGACAAGGGAUAAAGCCUAAAACUUACUUUCCAUUUAUCUAUUUGUUAAUCUUCGCCGGUUUGUUUGUAUAAUUUUAGGAAAAAGGGACUUUUCCUGGGGGGGGGGACAAAAUGUGAUUUCGUGCGGGGCACAAGGGGGGACUGGGGGGCAUUUGCCCCCCCCCCCAGCUUGUAUGUUAAAAAAGGCCCUGAUUUAAGAUGCCACGAUUGCAAUUUUAGAUCACCCCUGAUGAAGACAUUAGACUGGAGUGUCGAAACGUUGGGUCUUGAUUACAAUUCGACUGGGCUUUGUAAUCAUUUAUUUAAACCAGAAUAGCAAGCGAAACAUGACUUAAUAGACAUCUUGAGAAUUGCCAGAAAGAUUAUCCGGACACAGUGGAGGAGCUUAAGGAUAGCACAUACGUGGACGAUGUGAUUUCUGGAGGUGAAACUAUCAAGCAAGUGCAAAAGUUCAAGGAAGAGUCUGUUGAACUAUUUAGCCAAGGAGGAUUUCCAUUGCACAAGUGGCACUCAAGUGACCCUCGGUUUGAGGAGCAGCAAUCAGCGGAUGAAGAUCAAGCAUAUGCAAAGGAGGAGUUGGGUACAAAACCAGCCGAAACAAAGAUUCUCGGGAUGAAGUGGGACAAGGCGAGAGAAUACUUUAGCAGUUGACAGCAUAGUGGCUCUCUAUUGGAUUAAGAAUAAAGACGGUGAAUGGAAACAGUUCGUGUCCAACCGAGUUGCAGAAAUACAACAGAAAGAGUUAAUCUGGCAACAUUGUCCAACCACCCAAAAUCCUGCAGACAUCGGUAACCGAGUCGGAAAUAUCCAACAGCUGAGAAAUUCUACGUGGUGGACAGGAUCGACAUGGUUAGCUGACGAGAACAAGUGGCCAACCGAUAUAACUCUAAAGAAAACCAAGGAAGUUAGCGAAGAACAUAGAGUAACCGUACAGAAAUUACACACAAUUGUUAUGAAAGAGAACAAUUUGAACGAUCUUCUUGUGAAAUGGAACCUCUGGAAGGUUUUGCGUAUUGUUGCAUGGAUUUUCAGAUUCGUGUCUAACAAAACGAAGCAGAGAAAAACGAAAGGCGUUUUGACUACCAAUGAGAUUAAUCAUACUGAAACUUUCUGGAUAAAACUCGUUCAGGAAGAAGCGACCAAAGAAGAAAACCAUUCAGCUAUCGCAUCUAAGCUGGGUUUGGAAGCAGAUGAAAAGGGAGUACUAAGGUGCAAAGGACGGAUAAUCGGGGAGCAUCCAGUCUACCUUCCAAGAAAUCAUCGCUUCUCGAGUCUCGUGGUUUCUGAUGUCCACGAACGUACUCUCCACGGAGGAGUAGGGCUAACGAUGGCCAAAAUUCGACAGAAAUGGUGGAUCGAAAAGCUAAGAUCCUUGGUCAAGUCGGUGCUACACAAGUUCAAUACAUGUGUGAAGUACAGAUCAAGACCUCUACCAACACCAACGCAAGCGCCGUUACCAGAAUUCCGCGCUACGGGAAGUCGGACAUUUGAAACAGUAGGGCUUUGAUUGAUUGAUUGAUUGAUUGAUUGAUAGUGAUUUAUUAACACAUCUCAAAAGGGCUUUUCAGUGAUAAUUUACAAAUACAUGUCCUAAAAUGUUUAAUACAGGUAAAACACUAAUUAUAUACGUCUCUAUAAUCUAUAACAUUGGCGUGAUUAAACGUCAUAUAUAACAAAGCUGAAAUAAAUCUUUGAACUAACACGUUCUUAAGUUUAUUUUUAAAAGUUGAAAUGUUUUCGCAUAGUUUUACAGAUUCAUCGAUAGUGUUCCAUAUCUUACAUGCACGAUAUAUAAAUGUGCAUUGUCCAGAAGUUGUCCUAAACUUUGGCGGGCGUAAAUUGCCAUCACUACGUAAAUUAUAAUGACGCUUUCUCUGUUGACAGGACGUUACUUUUGAACAUAAGUGA